UGCCGACCACGCGCCAGGGCAGCCUCGUCUGGAAAAUAAUCUGAACAGCCCGGAUCCGAAUCUCGCGACAACACAAACGACCGCAUUCGUGGCAGCCUCCUCUAUCCCAAUCGAACUGCCGCCCAGGCAGACGGCUAGGCUGCCCAUCUGAUGAGCUUGGCUCUCUGUUUCGACGCCAUCCAAGCUUAAUUGACGUUUGCUGGAGCUCCCCCAUGUUAUAGCCAGAAGCAAGAGGAUCGUCGACGUCCCUCGACUCUCCCUCGCUCUCUCCCCAAUCCGUCACCGCCACAACCAUCCUCGAGGAUGUCACAAUCGACCCAGAACGGCGCUAAUGGCGGCGCUGCUGCGACGCAGUACACCAGCAAGCGCUUCUCUGAUGUUCCAACCGCCAUCGACGUCCCCGUCCAGGACGAGGACGAGGCCGUCGAAAUCAACCUCGAGGACCUUGUCGACGACCCCACCGAUCUUUGCGAUCUCUUCGAGAAUGAGAGCGCCGCGCGCACGUACUGGAUGGCCGUCGCGCUGGCCUAUGCAAAGCUGCACAAAAUCGACUGCGCCAUCGAGGUUUUGACGCGCGGUGGGAGCGCGAUGCAGGCCCAGAACCCGAGAGAGAAGCUUGGCCUCGUCAGCUGUCUGUGCUGGAUGUACCUCUGGAAGAGUCGUGAGGCUCCCCGCCUCGCCCCGGAGGGUACCCUCGCCUCCGAGGCGAAGACCAAGGAGUUCUACCUGCAGCUUGCCACCUCGACCCUUAACGAGGCCUCGCGAAUCAACCCUGCAUUCCCUCCGCUCUUCCUCGCCCGUGGAGUUCUUUACCUCCUCCGUGCGUCGCUGCAAGUGCCCAUGAAGCCUGGCCAGUCCGGCCCUGUCGACGCAGCCAAGGCCGACCUACUACGCUCAGCCCUCAAGUCUUUUGAGGACGCUAUCAGAGUCUCGCAGGGCAAGAAUAUGCUCGCCGUCAUGGGCAAGUCGAGGGCUCUGUUCUCUCUGGGGAAAUACGCUGAGGCUCUGGCUGGCUACCAGGACGUGCUCCAGAGGAUGCCAGACAUGGUCGACCCAGACCCGCGUCUCGGCAUUGGAGCCUGCUUCUGGCAGCUAGGAUACAAGGACGACGCGAGGGCCGCCUGGGAGCGUUGUCUCGAGAUCAACCCAGAUUCCAAGACGGCCAACAUCUUGCUCGGUCUCUACUAUCUGGAUGCUAGCGGCCAAGUCCCCACCAAUAGCCCAGAGUUCAUUAGGCUGUACAAGAAGGCUAUGACAGAGUACACACAAAAGUCCUUCAAGCUCAGCAAGGACCUCCCUCUCACAUGCGCCACCUUUGCUGGCUACUUCUUGUCGAGGAAAUCCUUCCAAAACGUCGAUUCGCUUGCGCACAAGGCGAUCCAGUUUACCGAUGUCAACGCCAUUGCCAGUGACGGUUGGUAUCUGCUUGCUCGCAAGGAGCAUCAUGAAGGGGAUGUGGACAAGGCGGCCGACUACUACCGUCGGUCCGACGAUGCCAGGGGUGGGACAGAGCGUGGCUAUUUACCAGCCAAGUUUGGCGCGGCGCAGCUUUCUGUCGUCAAGGAGGACCUCGGCGAGGCCAAGCUUCGGCUCGAGAAGAUGAUCCAGCAGUCCAGAACCUAUGAGGCCAUGAUACUGCUAGGAACUCUCUACGCAGAGGAAGUGUUUGCGAAUCAGUACGCCACUGUCAAGGAGGACAAGUCGGGAGAGGUGAAGAAGGCAAUCAGCCUGUUGGAGGGCGUGAGAGCUGCUUGGAAGGACACCAAGAAGAAUCUGGCCCCCGAUGCGUCUGUUCUUCUGAGCCUUGCUCGGCUCUAUGAGGUUGACAAUCCCGACAAGGCUCUCCAGUGCCUGCAACAAGUCGAGCAGCUGGAGACGGAGCAGAUCGCAGAGGCCGACAGGCCAACCGGCAUCGAGGACGAGGCAGAACUUCGCGCCGCCGUGCGGAAGCUCCUGCCACCGCAGCUCCUCAACAAUAUCGGCUGCUUCCACUCGCAGAACGAGAGGCACGAGACUGCCAGUGACAUGUUCGAGGCGGCGCUCGGUGCCUGCAUGCGCAUUCAGGAGGGCGACGAGCAGAUGGACACGGACGCCCUUGUCACAACCAUCAGCUACAAUUUGGGACGAAGCUACGAGGCUCGCGGCCUUUCCGACCAGGCUAUCGAGGUAUACGAGGGCCUGCUCAAACGCCACGAUGACUAUACGGACGCCAAGACCCGUAUGGCCUACUUGAAGCUGCGAAAGCAACCCAACAAGGAGGGCCCGGAUGCUGUCGCCAAGCUCUACCAGGAGCACCCGGCCGACCUGGAAGUGCGGGCGCUGUAUGGCUGGUAUCUUGGCAAGGUUCACUCGAGAAAACGACAGGUCAACAUUGCCGACGAUCCCGAGCUCCGCCAUUACCGGCACACGCUGCAACACUACGACAAGCAUGACUGCUACGCGCUUGUUGGCAUGGGCAACCUGUAUCUGGCGUCAGCCAGGGAGAUGCGACGCGAGACGGACCAGGACAAGGCCAAGAGGAGUGCCACGUACAACCGGGCGGUCGAGUUCUUCGAAAAGGCAUUGCAGUUGGACCCCAAGAAUGCAUACGCAGCGCAAGGAAUUGCGAUCGCCCUGGUUGAGGACAGGAAAGAUCACAAGAACGCGCUACCCAUAUUCCUGAGCGUCCGCGACACAAUCAAAGACGCACAGGUCUAUGUAAACCUCGGCCACAUCUUUGCCGAGCUGCGGCAGUUCACCAAGGCGAUUGAAAACUACGAAGCGGCUCUCGCCAAGGAGGGAAAGGCAAACGACCCCAGCAUCUUGGCAUGCCUUGGUAGAACCUGGCUGAACAAGGCUCGCUCGGAGCGCGACCUCGACGCGUACAAGAUGGCUCUCGAAUGCGCAAAGAAGGCUCUCGAUGUCGCCCCUGAGCAAGUUCACUUCAAGUUCAACGUUGCGUUUGUGCAGAUCCAGCUCGCGACCACUAUUAAUGGUCUCAGCGAAACACAGCGCUCGCUCGAGCAACUGCAAGAUGCGGCGGCGGGUCUCGAGGCGGCGAUUGUGGCCCUGGACGAGAUUGCGAAGCACCCGCAGACUCCUUACCCGAAACAGGACGUGGAGCAGCGUGCGAGCAUGGCUCGCAACACGCAGAGGAAGCAGCUGGAGCGGGCCAUCGCAAGCCAGAAGGAGUACGAGGAGAAGAACAAGGAGAAGCUCGAGGCGGCCAAGAAGAAGCGACAGGAGGAGUUGAGGAGGCGAGAAGAGGAGAAGCAGAAGGCACUGGAUGCGGAGCGGGAGCGGCAGGAGAAGAUCAAGAAGGAGCGCGAGGCCAUCAUGGCGAAAGACCGGGAGCUGGCGGAGCAGCGGAUGGCAUCGGAGCGGGCUCGCGAGGCGGCGGAGAUGACGACAGAUUCGGAGACGGGCGAGAAGGUCAAACGCAAGCGCAAGGCGGCGGCGCGGUCAGAGCCGCGCGAGCCGCGGGCAGGCAGGAGUGGCGGUGGACGGUCGCGCAAGAAGAAGGUGGACAAGAGCGGAGACGAGGAGUCGGACGAGGAGAGGCAGCCCAAGAAGAAGCGGCGGCUCACGGCCAAGAAGGAGAACGCCAAGUACAAGUCGGCCGAGAUCGUUGUGGACAGCGACGAGGAGGGCAACGACGACUACGACGCUCUUGACCGGGCUGAAAAGGAUCUGGAGAAUGAUAGGCUCACGACUCCAGAGGACUCUGACGCCGACGAAGGCAGCCGCAGCCGCCAACGUCGCUCGAAGAAGAGCCGCAGACGUAGCAACGAUGAAGACGACCGUAUGGAGGUUGACGGCGAUGCCGGCGCCAACGACGACGACGCCGAUGCGGUGUCGCGACCGAAGCGGUCCCGGAGGGCCGGCCGGGUACUGGACGAGAGCGACGAGGACGAGGACGAGGGUGGCGGUGCCUCGCCCCGGGCGGCUGCGGCGGCGGACACGACGAUGGGUGACGACGAAGAGUGAUUCGUUGCGCCUUAUGCUACCAAUUAGACUGAUCUAUCUCGUGAUGGGAGGGCCAAAAGUCGAUACAAAUUAUUAUUAUUUCAUCUUCUUCCUGGGGCGUAUCAGGGUGUGUUACACCCGGCAUCUAAGCUGUAAACGCAUACACCAAUUCUCGCCAACGCACCCUCUCCUUCUGUCAGUCUCA